GAAAGUGAAGUCAGUCGUUCGCAGUUCACUUCGAACAGAUCAUUGUAAAGAUGGAUUCUUGAGAAAUUUUUAUAUAAAAAGUAUCAGUUUAUGUCUGAAUUUUGGCCAUUGCGACGCGGUGGAAACUAUUUUUUUAAGCUUAGAAUUGUGCUUUAAAUGAUGAUCGUACAGGAACCCGUGCAGGCUGCCAUUUGGCAUUGCCUCAACCAUUAUGCUUAUCCGGAUGCUAUUUUCCUUGCUGAGAGAUUAAGUGCUGAAGUCGACACAGAAGAAACACUUUUUCUUCUUGCAACAUGCUAUUAUCGUGCUGGAAAAGUGAGACAAGCUCAUGCUCUUCUCUCGAAGAAGACGCCUACAUCGCCACAAUGCAGAUUUCUCCUUGCAAAAUGUUGCUACGAACUUGAAAAAUAUGCAGACGCGGAGGCGGCAAUAAUUGGCGGUUAUUAUAAACAAAUUAAAAAUUUGGAUGACAUAGUGACGCAAUUUGGCGAUGAAGCCUGCUUUUGCCUUCAAGUCAUAGCAAAAAUUUACCACAAACUGCAACGCACGAUUAAAGCUAAUGACGCUCAUAAAUUAGCACUGAAAUUAAAUCCAUUUUUGUGGCAUUCAUUCGAAGAACUCUGCAAUGUUGGGGAAAAAGUCGAUCCAGCGAAAAUAUUUCAAUUAGACAAAUUGGAUAGUUUUUCAGCGUGUCAUGGUUCAAUGCCUAUUGUUAAUUAUAUAAAUGAUCCUGAUCUCAUUGUUCCGGCAAAUCCUCAUAAUAACACCCCAACGCCAAAUAGUAAUAAUAUGUUACACUCGACGAUAGAGGAGAGUCCACAAGUUCAAUUGCACAAUUGCUCAUCGCCACGGGGGAAACCGCCACGAUAUCGGAGUAUGUUUAGUAAUUCACUGAGUCCUCUCACUCCGAGUUUUGGAAUUUUACCACUGGAUUGUAAUACUCCAGAGCCGGCUGUUUUACCAAGUCACACAACACUCAUGGAGACGAAUGAUCAAAAGAGUUUAGCGAAACGUGUCAGCAGUCUACGAGCACAUGUCGGGCAAUUUAUUUCGAGGAAAGAAACGCCACUGCAGCAGGGCAAACCAGUGUUCUCGCAAUCUGGAAAUGCGAGUAAUACGGUGAAUAUCGUCACUGUCACCCCGUCGACACCGACUCCCGCUCCACCCACACAUCAAGGUCCCAACGUCAGAAGAUCCUCGAGGCUCUUUAGCCAUAGUUAUUCAGUUAAAGAAAAUAAUAAAUCUCCGAAUCGAAAUAAAUUCACAACUCCUAAAUCACCUUCGCGUAAGUCAAAAGCGAGACUUGCUAAAACUAAUCUCAAUAAGGCAAAUUUCAAUGAACUGAACGAAAGGAAUAAGAACGAAAAGGAGAAGAGUGAAAUACUCGCGUCAGAGAAAGUGACAGCCAAUACAAAUGCUUUAAAUCAAUCGAAUGCUGCUCAAAAUGCUCUCAUUCUUCAGAAACAGUGUGCAGAAGGUUUAAUGUCACUUUUACGAGAAUGUGGCAUGGCGUAUCAACAUUUAACCCAAUAUAAUUGUUCAGAGGCCAUUGAAAUACUGAGUAUUUUACCUCGUCAACAUUUUUAUACAGGCUGGGUCCUGUCGAUGUUGGCACGCGCUUAUUUCGAAAUGAUCGACUACAAAAAGGCUUCUAACUACUUCCAGCAAGUGAGAAAUUUGGAACCGCAUAGAACGGAAAUGAUGGAAAUUUACAGUACUGUUUUGUGGCACUUACACUCGGAAGUAUCACUCUCGACACUUGCUCAAGACCUUGUUGAUGAAGAUAGAAAUUCACCGGCCGCGUGGUGCGCGACUGGAAAUUUAUUCUCUUCACAAACGGAACAUGAGACUGCUAUUAAAUUCUUUCAACGAGCCAUUCAAGUGAAUCCUGAUUUUCCAUAUGCGUACACAUUACUUGGCCAUGAGUACGUAAUGACUGAGGAACUCGAUAAAGCGAUAACUGCUUUUCGUAAUGCGAUACGAUUAGAUCCAAGGCAUUAUAAUGCGUGGUUCGGUCUGGGAACAAUUUUCUCAAAACAGGAACAAUAUAGUUUGGCUGAAUUACAUUUUAAGCGUGCAUUACAAAUAAAUCCACAUAAUUCGGCUAUAAUGUGUCAUAUUGGCGUUGUUCAGCAUGCACUGAAAAAAACUGAGCAAGCAUUAAAAACAUUAAAUACUGCAAUUGAAAAUGAUUCAGACAAUACACUUUGCAAAUUUCAUAGAGCUAGUAUCAAUUUCUCAAUCGGACGUCACGCCGAGGCUCUCACCGAGUUUGAAGAAUUGAAAAAUAUCGUGCCCAAAGAGUCUCUAGUCUAUUUUUCUAUAGGAAAGGUUCAUAAAAAAUUAGGCAAUACACAUCUUGCGUUGAUGUACUUCAGUUGGGCUUCAGAUUUGGAUCCAAAGGGAGUUAACAGUCAAGUUAAGGAAGCAAUUAUGGGUCCUGGACAAGGAGAUGACGAAUCUCCAACCACUCAGUCAGACGAGCAAGCUCAAAACAGUUCUACGGAACAAGAAGGCGAAGCAAGCGGCGAAGCCAGUGGCGAGGGUAGUGGUUUAGAACGUGGUAACAUAACAGCGGAAACGCCAGCAGAAGAUAGCGAUGAUAGUUUAUGAAGUUCUCCAAGAUUGAGUCCAAGACAUUUAUUAAGUGAAAUAUUUACGUGUAUUAUCCUAGAUAGAACAGUGUCAUUGAAUCGCUAAAAUGAAAGUUUCAGCAAAAGAAGAUUCUUCAAAAAAAAAAAAAAAUCAAUCAUUUCGAAAAAGUUCUUCUGACGCUUUUUAAUUUCAUUUCUAAUUUUUUUCUUUUUCGAAAAAAAUUGUGCGAUUGUAUUUGAAAAAAAAAAAAAAUCGGGACACAACGAGUAGAAAAAAAAUAAGUAACGCCAUUUGCGAAUUGUGAGACUUCGCAGCGUUAAUCGUUUAAAAUAAUAAAACACCACAUCUAAAAAUGAAAUUAAUCCUUAUAUUCAAAAAUGGGAAUUGAGAACUAAAUUUCAAAAUUUGGUUUUUUUUAAUCCUCUACGUUUUUAUACGAUCUUACUCUUUGUAUUUAUUCUACUAUAUAAUUGACUUUUUUUUGCAAUAAGCGAUUGAAAGUGCGAUUGUGAUUUUUUUCGAGCGAAUUCAUUUUCGUAUGCGUGGAGAAAAAAAAAUAGUUAGCUAAUAUAUUAUAAGGAAUUUAAAAAAAAAACAAAAAAAAAACUACUAAGCGAAUAAGAGAGUCUUGUGUAAAUGUAAAUUAUUAGUUAUUAUUAGUUAUAUUAUUAUUAAUAUUAUUACACACAAAAUAUACUAUACUCUUAAGAAUAUUAGCGAUCGCGGGCUGAAUCAUAGUCAUGAAAAAAAUGACAAAGGGUCGAUCGUGCAAUUGUCGUUGGGAGUUUUGAGAAAUUUUCUCAUCACUCGUAAAAAGUAAAAGUCCCAAUUAUGAGACAGUGUCUCAUGGAAGACUAAUUACUAAUUACAAACUCGUAAAAAAUAGUAUAAUACAAUUAUCAAAACUUAUCUAUUUAAAUUAAAUGAAUUUUAUAACCUGAUGAUUGUUUUAUUGUUUUCAGUGUUAGUUAAAAUUGAUGUCUGGCAAAAUGGAACGAAAUCCUGUCAAUUUUAAUCUGUUAUUGUGAAAUUAUGAAAAAUAAAAGUGUACGUCUCAUAAUUGGGACCUUCACUAGUAUCUCAAAAAAUAA